GGCUCUGGUGACGUUGCGGUUUCCUCCCCCCUCCAGCGGAGCCUCAGCGCCCGCCGCGUCCCUCCCUCCGCCCCUUUCGCCCACACCUACCCGCCCGCGCCGGCCCGGCUCUCAGUAGCGCCGCCCGAGGCUACAGCAGCGCAUCCCGGGGCGCGGCGCCCACCAGCACCCAUGGCGCGGCGGUGGCGCGGAAGGCUCGGUUCGGAAAGGGCCGGGAGCCCGGGCGCCCUGGUGUGAGGAGGGCCAGGAGCUGGCUCUGGAGGCUGCGGAGGCGACGCCGGAAAGAACGAAGCCUCGGCGGGGAGCGGAUCUUUCGAAGAUGGUUUGGCUGCCUUGGAGAUUUGGAGAUCUGAUGCCACGAUGAGGACUCACACACGGGGGGCUCCCAGUGUGUUUUUCAUAUAUUUGCUUCGCUUUGUGUCAGCCUACAUCACCGACGAGAACCCAGAAGUCAUGAUUCCCUUCACCAAUGCCAACUAUGACAGCCAUCCCAUGCUGUACUUCUCCAGGGCAGAAGUGGCGGAGCUGCAGCGCAGGGCUGCCAGCUCGCACGAGCACAUUGCAGCCCGCCUCACGGAGGCUGUGCACACAAUGCUGUCCAGCCCCUUGGAAUACCUCCCUCCCUGGGAUCCCAAGGACUACAGUGCCCGCUGGAAUGAAAUUUAUGGAAACAACUUAGGUGCCUUGGCAAUGUUUUGUGUGCUGUAUCCUGAGAACAUUGAAGCCCGAGACAUGGCCAAAGACUACAUGGAGAGGAUGGCAGCGCAGCCUAGUUGGUUGGUGAAAGAUGCUCCUUGGGAUGAGGUCCCGCUCGCUCACUCCCUGGUUGGUUUUGCCACUGCUUAUGACUUCUUGUACAACUACCUGAGCAAGACACAACAGGAGAAGUUUCUUGAAGUGAUUGCCAAUGCCUCAGGGUAUAUGUAUGAAACUUCAUACAGGAGAGGAUGGGGAUUUCAAUACCUGCACAAUCAUCAGCCCACCAACUGCAUGGCUUUGCUCACAGGAAGCCUAGUCCUGAUGAAUCAAGGAUAUCUUCAAGAAGCCUACUUAUGGACCAAACAAGUUCUGACCAUCAUGGAGAAAUCUCUGAUCUUGCUCAGGGAGGUGACGGAUGGCUCCCUCUAUGAAGGAGUUGCAUAUGGCAGCUACACCACUAGAUCACUCUUCCAAUACAUGUUUCUCGUCCAGAGGCACUUCAACAUCAACCACUUUGGCCAUCCGUGGCUUAAACAACACUUCGCAUUUAUGUAUAGAACCAUCCUGCCAGGGUUUCAAAGGACUGUGGCUAUUGCGGACUCAAAUUACAACUGGUUUUAUGGUCCAGAAAGCCAGUUAGUGUUCCUUGAUAAAUUUGUCAUGCGUAAUGGCAGUGGUAACUGGCUAGCUGACCAAAUCAGAAGGAACCGUGCGGUGGAAGGUCCAGGAACACCGUCCAAAGGGCAGCGCUGGUGCACUCUGCACACGGAAUUUCUCUGGUAUGAUGCCAGCUUGAAAUCGGUUCCUCCUCCAGACUUUGGCACCCCUACACUGCAUUAUUUUGAAGACUGGGGUGUCGUGACUUAUGGAAGUGCACUACCUGCAGAAAUCAAUAGAUCUUUCCUUUCCUUCAAGUCUGGAAAACUGGGAGGACGUGCAAUAUAUGACAUUGUCCACAGAAACAAAUACAAAGAUUGGAUCAAAGGAUGGAGAAAUUUUAAUGCAGGGCAUGAACAUCCUGAUCAAAACUCAUUUACUUUUGCUCCCAAUGGUGUGCCUUUCAUUACUGAGGCUCUGUACGGGCCAAAGUACACCUUCUUCAACAAUGUUUUGAUGUUUUCCCCAGCUGUGUCAAAGAGCUGCUUUUCUCCCUGGGAGGGUCAGGUCACAGAAGACUGCUCAUCAAAAUGGUCUAAAUACAAGCAUGACCUGGCAGCUAGUUGUCAGGGGAGAGUGGUUGCAGCAGAGGAGAAAAAUGGGGUGGUUUUCAUCCGAGGAGAAGGUGUGGGAGCUUACAACCCCCAGCUCAACCUGAAGAAUGUUCAGAGGAAUCUCAUCCUCCUACAUCCACAGCUGCUUCUCCUUGUAGACCAAAUACACCUGGGAGAGGAGAGUCCCCUGGAGACAGCAGCAAGCUUCUUCCACAAUGUGGAUGUUCCUUUUGAGGAGACUGUGGUAGAUGGUGUCCAUGGGGCUUUCAUCAGGCAGAGAGAUGGUCUCUAUAAAAUGUACUGGAUGGACGAUACUGGCUACAGCGAGAAAGCAACCUUUGCCUCAGUGACAUAUCCUCGGGGCUAUCCCUACAAUGGGACAAACUAUGUGAAUGUCACCAUGCACCUCCGAAGUCCCAUCACCAGGGCAGCUUACCUCUUCAUAGGGCCAUCUAUAGAUGUUCAGAGCUUCACUAUCCACGGAGACUCUCAGCAACUGGAUGUGUUCGUAGCCACCAGCAAACAUGCCUACGCAACGUACCUGUGGACAGGUGAGGCCACAGGACAGUCUGCCUUUGCACAGGUCAUUGCUGAUCGUCACAAAAUUCUGUUUGACCGGAAUUCAGCCAUCAAGAGCAGCAUUGUCCCUGAGGUGAAGGACUAUGCUGCUAUUGUGGAACAGAACCUGCAGCAUUUUAAGCCAGUGUUUCAGCUGCUGGAGAAGCAGAUACUGUCCCGAGUCCGGAACACAGCUAGCUUUAGGAAGACUGCUGAGCGCCUGCUGAGAUUUUCAGAUAAGAGACAGACUGAGGAGGCCAUUGACAGGAUUUUUGCCAUAUCACAGCAACAGCAGCAGCAAAGCAAGUCAAAGAAAAACCGAAGGGCAGGCAAGCGCUAUAAAUUUGUGGAUGCUGUCCCUGAUAUUUUUGCACAGAUUGAAGUCAAUGAGAAAAAGAUUAGACAGAAAGCUCAGAUUUUGGCACAGAAAGAACUACCCAUAGAUGAAGAUGAAGAAAUGAAAGACCUUUUAGAUUUUGCAGAUGUAACAUAUGAAAAACAUAAAAAUGGGGGCUUGAUGAAAGGCCGGUUUGGACAGGCACGGAUGAUGACAACUACUCACAGCAGGGCCCCAUCACUGUCUGCUUCCUAUACCAGAUUGUUCUUGAUCCUGAACAUUGCUAUUUUCUUUGUCAUGUUGGCAAUGCAACUGACUUAUUUCCAGAGGGCCCAGAGCCUACAUGGCCAAAGAUGUCUGUAUGCAGUUCUUCUAAUAGAUAGCUGUAUUUUAUUGUGGUUGUACUCUUCUUGUUCCCAAUCACAGUGUUAGCACUGAAGAUAUAAAUUACCUGGUCAUUUUGUGAUCACAAGAAGCUAUACAAAAUAAAAUGUCUUUACCCCAGAUUAUCAGAUUUUUUUCCCCUUAGAUUCAUUUUAACAAAUUAAGGGAAGAUAUUUUGACACAAAAAAGCAGGAACAUGGAGAAAUUGGAGCAGGCAAAGAAUUUAUCAAAGCAGUAGAAAUAGCUUGGUGGUCCUAUGGUGUUUCUGGAAGUGUUUGUCAUUGCUAAUUGAGCAAUCCAUGUAGGACUACUUUUAGAAGAAACAAAAAGUCUGUUUUUUAAAGUAAUGUUUUUUCUUAUGAGAAAAAGGUUUAGAUAGAAUUGGGUUUUAUUAAUAUUAAUUUAAUGCUAUUAGCAAUUUCCUUAUACUAUAUUAUGGAAAAGACUGAAGAAUACAAUUCUGAGAAAUAUAAAAAAUUUUAAUGGUACAGUCAUGUUGAAAGAUAAAUGUUGCUAAGUCCUGGUAUGAUGGUGUCAGCUUCCUUGGGGAAGUACUUCUUGAGUUACGUAACUAAUAGGAUCUUUUACUACAGGUCUGGAUGGCUAUUCAGAUAAUAUAGCAAAAAAUGAUAGCAGAAGAUCAUUAAAAACUUAAAAUAUAUUUUAUUAGAAAACAUUUAUCUGAAUGAAUAUUUCCUUGAUGCUGGUCUCUGCACACAUAUAAUUGGUUACUUGUAUGCAUUCAUUGGUGGUUCAAUAAGUAAAAUGAUUACAGAUAAUACUGUAUUUUCCUUAUAUGGAAAACUGUUGUACACCCAAUGACUAAACCUUUCAAAAUAAAAUAUUUUCUAUUAUGAAUGUUGAUUUUCAUACCAAAGAAGAUGGAGAAUCUAAAACUUGGAUAUGAUUCUUAUGUUUUUUUAAUAGGAAAACUUUUUCAAGUUUAUUUUGCUAAAUAAACAUCAUAAUUGUGAAUUUUCUCUAGUGUUUUUCUUCUCUGUUCCAUUAUAUUCAAAAUGCAUUAACAUUUUCCAAAAUUUUUGAAGAGAGAUCUUUAUUUGGAUGUAUAUUCAUUAAAUGUAUAAAAUAGUAUUUGAAUCAAAAGAAGUAUUUUCUCUGCUUAUUAACCUUAAUUGUUGUUUAAACACAUUUUAAAUAUUUAAAACAAUAGCCAACUUCUGAUAUUUAAGUGGCACCCAACUUUCAAAAGCAUAAAAUUUUCAAUCAGCUCCUCAGAAGGUAACAGCAGCAUACAAUACUAGAAAAAUAAUCCAUAGUUUCCAUUUGAGCAUAAGAAAAUGAUAUACUUAAAAGGAACUUAAUAAAUUAUCAUACAUUCAGCAUAUAUGAGUCAUAUAUUUCUCCUUUGAAACAGAAAAUAUGUUCAGCUCAAAUUUUACAGUAAGGACACACUCACUGAUUUAUAGGUGUAAAGUAACAACAGUAACCUUUCCUCUUAUUUGCACUUUUAGUUCACAGCCAUACCAGUAUGUAACCAAAAGACAAGUUGGAGAAACUUAUAAGUACCUUUCUGCAGUUCUAAUUUUGAACCUUCUUGCAUAAAGAAAACACAAGUUUGACUUUUAACUGUGCUUCACUUAUUAUGCUUGGAAUCCAGAAAACGACUUCUGAGGAAGUAAUUUUUUUCCCCUCUCAUGGAAAGUCUCUAGGGAGGAUGUCAUUACACACUGUUUAAAAGAAUAAUGUUUUCAAAAGAAUAAUGCUUCCGUUUGUCCUGCAUGGAUGCUCUUACUAGGAUUUAAACUUGCUUUAUGUGACAGAUUCUCCGUUUACUUAACCUCACUCAACAUUCCUCUCUUUUACUCUUUCUCACUCAAAAGGAUGAACUGUGUGAAAUGAUCAAAAGGAAAUUUUGAAAGAAACAAAAAAAGGAAAAUUACUCUUUGAGGUUACCAAGCAAACCUGAUCUCAGAUCCAAACUGAGACAUACUUUCUAACAGAGAUGAAAAGUGCAAGUGAGUGCCAAACUCGCUUUUCUUUUGUUUUCAUUAGGUUAAGGCUAGACAAUACAUUAGUCACCACAGCAUGAUCCAGUCUAACAUAUUAGUUCAUUUUAAAGUAGUUUUUUAAAGAUAUGCAUCUUUAAAACAAAAUGAAUUAAAAUUAUGUGGUUUUUUUUCUUCUAAUGAACCUGGUAUUUAUUUCCUUAAAGAGAAAUUUCCUCAGGCAGUGACUUAAGUGGUUAAGUGGGGAAAAAAUGCUGAAAUAAAUCACAGCUCUUCAUAAUGAAACAUGUUUUUUAUCAGGGAUAGUGCAUAUUUGAGUAAAACUAGGCAACUUUUUGUAACUUGAAAACCAAGCAAUGUUGAAUCUGCCUUGAAACUGAGUAAUCAAUUAUGGAAUCUGUUUCAGUGCUGCUCACUAUGACAGGAGUGUUUCAAGUUCAUUGGAUAAUGUGUGAGCUGUUGUUCAGGGGAUUGGCAGGACUCUUGGUCCUAGCCUUAAAGAAAAUUUGAGAAUCACUAGCAUACAGAGCUUGUCAGUGCAGUAAAAGUGGUAUAUUCCUGGGAAGCUGAGGUGGGAAUAUUGCCUGAGCCUAGGAGUUCUAUGCUGCAGUGAGCCAUGACUGUGCCACUGCACUCCAGCCUUAGAGACAGAGUGAGAACCUGUCUUUUCUUUUUUUAAGUAUAUUUCCUUGUUUGUAACUGAUUAGCUUAUUUCAGUUGAUGGUAGAUGAGAUCUAUGAUGGUAGAUGAGACCCAGAAUCUUCAGAGAGAACAUUCUUUUGAGAACAUUGUUUUUAUUGUCAAAGUCAGGUAGAAGGCCGUGUUCUGGAACUAUUUUAAUUAUUAAAAUAUAUCACCUAAGAUAAUGAAUUCUUCCACAAAUAUUUUAGUCAUAGUUUUUAGUACCACAUAUUCUAAGGUUAUCAGAAAAUAUGUCUUAACAGAAUGUUUUGCAUACUGAAUAAUUUGUUUUUGAGAAGGAAAAUUUACAUUUGACUUACUCAGUUCUUAAAAAAUUAUUUUUAUUUCUAGAGACAGGGUCUGUCUCCAUCACCCAGGCUGAAGUGUAGUGGCGCGAUCAUAGCGCACUGCAGCCACAAACUUCCUAUCUCAAGCGAUUCUGCCUCAGCCUUCCAAAGUGCUCGGAUUAGAGGCAUAAGUCAUAACACCCAGCCAAGUUAAAAAAAAACUUUUGGUAGUUCACAAACCACUCACAAAAGAAUCUGAAGUUUCUCCAAGUAUUAAGAGAAAGCAAGCUGUGAAGUGCUAUAUGUGUAAGCUUAAAAGUAAAUUCGUGUGAUUUCUUACAAAUAUAAAACAAGAUUAAAAUGAAUAUAGUCAUGGGUAUGAGGAGCAUGUAAUUUAUCUUCUAAGUGGAGGCACAUUUGAGAGUUAAAGGAAGAGCAAUUAAUUGUUAUUCGAGGACAACAGAUAUAAACCGAGAUUAUACUAGGUGAACUGGGACAUACGGUCAUCUUUGUCAUAGCUUAAUUUGGGGAAAAAGGAGUUAGGGAAGUCUGUCAAGGUCUAACUCAAAGUUUGGUGCUUUUUAAGCAAGUUUAAGGAACUUGAGAUGACCUGAUUGAGACCCCUAAAUCUACAGAUGAGGAAAGCAAGGCUCAAGCAGGGGGAGCCUGAUCCUUUCCCUGUUCCCUGUAUAUUCCCUGUCUGUGGCAAAGCCCAUUGGCUUGAUUCUCUUCUCUUUAGCUUCAUGUUAAAUAGUUUCUUUCUGCAGUUUAUUUAAUUUACUGACCAAAUGACGUAUUUUUUUUCAGCAAUGUUUCAGCUAGAUAUUUGCUUUAUGCAUGUAAUGUCAAUGAAGUACUCAUAAGUUUUCAAGAAAUGACUGUGAUAAAUCAUACGUUCCACUACAUAGUCUAAAUAUUUAGUUUUUGUCAUCUAUUUUAAUAUGUUCAAAUUCUGUUCAACAAGACAUGUAGUCACUAUGUAAAGAAUAAAAAUAGACAAAGUUG